AUGGAGCCCUUCAACCAGACCAAGGUCACCGAGUUCCUCAUCAUGGGCUUCCCAAAGUUGCAACACUUCGACAAGCCCCUCUUCUUCUUGCUCCUCUUCAUCUACCUCUUCACCAUUGUCGGCAACCUGCUGAUUUUCAUCAUCAUCCGCACCGACUCCCGGCUCCACACGCCCAUGUACUUUUUCGUCAGCGUCCUGUCCUUCUUGGAGGUCUGGUACACGGCAAGCACCAUUCCCAAGAUGCUCUCGAACUUACUGAGCCAGAGGAAGACCAUCUCCUUCCCUGGAUGCCUCGUGCAAAUCUAUUUCUUUCAUUCUCUGGGAGCCACCGAGUGCUACCUGCUCACGGCCAUGGCGUACGACAGGUACCUGGCCAUCUGCCACCCACUGCGCUACCCGUCCAUCAUGACCACCCAGUUGUGCGUCAAACUAGCCGCCAGCUGUUGGAUCUGCGGCUUGCUAGGCCCCAUGGCUGAGAUCAUCUUGGUCUCCAAGCUGCCCUACUGCGGGCCCAACAAAAUCGAACACAUCUUCUGCGACUUCCCACCGCUCCUGAGCUUGGCCUGUACCGACACCUCGGUCAACGUGCUCGUCGAUUUCGUCAUCAAUGCUUGCAAAAUCCUGGCCACCUUCUUCCUGAUCUUGUUGUCUUACUUGUGGAUUAUCAGAGCCAUACUUCGAAUCCGCACAGCCGCUGGAAGGAGGAAAGCCUUCUCCACGUGCGCCGCACACCUCACGGUGGUGGUGAUCUUCUACGGGAGCAUUCUGUUCAUGUAUGUCCGGCUGACGAAAAGUUAUUCCUUGGAUUAUGACAGAGCGUUGGCCGUCGUCUACAGCAUCGUGACCCCUUUCCUCAACCCGAUUAUCUACAGCCUGAGAAACAAAGAAAUCAAAGUGGCCUUAAAAAGGAGGCUCAAACGCCUUUUCCUGAUGUAG